GUCUCUAGAAAAAAAAAAAGGAAAAGUCUCUGUACCGUUUUUGUGCGUUGACUGUUCCUCUCUCUAAUUCUCCUUACCUUUUUCAUCCUUCCGAGUCUUAUUUACCUCACUUCGAUUGACUGUAUGAAUUUUUUUAUUAAUUAUCAAAUCAAAUUAAUAAUUUUAUGAAAAAUAAAACCAAACUGAAGCAAAUUAAAUUAUUUAGUAAUUAAAUUAAAAUCUUAAUUCCUCCUCCCAUAAUCAUUUGUCUCACUCGGACGCUCACCGGUUACCUCCGGCCUACCUCUUCCGACUGCCCUGAAGUCCUGCCUUCCCGUAAAGCCUUGAUUCAACCUCCAACGAAUCCAAACCUUCCGCAGAAUCGCCAGAGUGAGAAAGGAGAGAUAGCCGAAACACUCCCCUCUCCUUUCCCCCUAUUCCAGCGCCUUCUAAGCUCCAGAGACCCAUCACCAAACUUGCGCAGUCCUUAUCAGCUGCCCGUGGUGUUCUGUUUCACCUGAAUCACUUCUGGGGCAAUAGAUCGAAAACCUUGGUUCAUAGAUUUCUCCCCUUCGAUUCGCACAAACGACAACACUCCACGUGGCCUGAACUCCUCCACGUACUUUCUCUACUUCCUGGCGUCCUUCAUUUUCAUUUUGGGGAACCCCCUCCGGUUGCCGGUGCAGAUAAUUUUCGGCAAGUCCAGUGGUGACAGCAUAUUCGUCUCACCUCCUUCGCACGUUCCUGAAGUGUUGAUGGUAUGGAGUUGUUGGGCAAAGUCAAGGAAAUAGCUGGACCAACUGUGGAACGAAUUUGGAACUUUGAGGAGAGAAGGCAAGCUCUCAAAAGAAAAGUGCAAGAGCUGGAAAGCAUGGAGAUUGACAUAAACUGUCAACUUAAAAUAAAGGAGUCAUUAUCUGGAAAGAAAAUAAAAAAUGAAGUUGAAAAUUGGUUAAUGAACGUAGAAAGGAUAAAAAAUGAAGUUAAGAGAACAGAACAGGCAGUGGAAGAAAGUAGAUGGAAUAGACUCAUGGGAGAGGGCAUGGAUAAAAUAACAGAAGAAGUGAUGGAGCUCAUUGAGAAAGGUAGGUUUCAAGGGGAGCUUGUGCUUGAUGUACAUGAGACAGGUGAGAAUUUAUUUAUUGCAGCAAAAGUAUUUAGUCAAGUUUUUCAAAUAAAUAAGGAUAAGAUUUGGGAAUAUUUAACGAAGGAUGAGGUUUUCAGCAUUGGCAUAUAUGGGAUGGGAGGAGUGGGUAAAACAACACUGGUGACACAUAUCCAUAAUCAGCUUCUAGAAAGUCAGAAUACUUUUCAUCAUGUUUAUUGGAUUACUGUAUCACAAGAUUUCAAUAUUUAUAAGUUGCAGAAUCUUAUUGCUAAAACUAUACAUUUGGAUCUAUCCAAUGAAGAUGAUGAGAAGAAAAGGGCUGCAAAACUGUCAAAAGCUCUAGUCCUGAAACAAAAAGUUCUCCUUGUUCUAGAUGAUUUGUGGAAUCAUUUUAGUCUAGAGAAAUUGGGUAUACCAGUUGGAGUGAAUCAAUGCAGGUUGAUUUUCACAACUCGUUCAUUAGAUGUAUGCCGGAGGAUGGGUUGCCAACAAAUUAUCAAAGUGGAGCCUCUUUCUGAAAAGGAAGCUUGGACCUUGUUCCUGGAGAAGCUAGGGGAAACACAUCAUCCAGAAGUUAACCGGAUUGCGAAAGCCAUUGCGAGAGAAUGUGCUGGCUUGCCACUUGCAAUUGUAACUAUGGCAGGAAGCUUGAGGGGAGUGGAUGAUGCAUGCGAGUGGAGGAAUGCAUUGCGGGAGUUAGAAGAAUCAAAAGGUACACAAGGUGACAUGGAAUCUGAGGUGUUCCGAAUAUUGAAAUUCAGCUAUGAUCGCUUAAUUGAUUCAGCUUUGCAACAAAGUUUCUUGUACUGUGCAUUAUAUCCUGAAGGUCACCAGAUCGACAGAAAGGAGUUGAUAGAGUAUUUGAUUGUUGAGGGAGUGAUAGGAAGAGGAAGUAGGCAAGCUGAAUAUGAUGAGGGUCAUACCAUUCUCAAUAGACUUGAAAAAGUUUGCUUGCUGGAAAGUGUUAGAGAAUUGGGGAGAAGAUGUGUGAAGAUGCAUGAUUUGAUUAGAGAUAUGGCCAUCCAAAUAAUGAAAGCGAAACCAUUAGUAAAGAUUAAAACCAGUGCACAAUUAUCAGAAAUGCCAGAUUGGGGAUAUUGGAUGGCCGAUCUUGUGAGAAUUUCAUUAAUGAAUAACCACAUAAAGGAAAUUCCUUCUGGCUACUCACCGAAGUGUCCCAAUCUUUCAACCUUGUUGUUGUGUGGAAAUGAGCAAUUGAGAUCAAUUGCUGGUUCUUUUUUUGAGCAACUGCAGGGGCUCAAAAUUCUUGAUCUUUCUGGCACAGGUAUAGCAGAAUUGCCCAAAUCGGUCUCUAACCUAGUUAAUCUCAAUGCAUUAUUACUUAAAUUUUGUUACAAUCUAAGGCAUGUGCCGUCAGUAGCAAAGCUUAGGGCAUUGAGGAAGUUGGAUCUUAAUAUUAGUGGACUUGAAGAAUUGCCUGAAGGCAUGGAAUUGCUGUCCAAUCUCAGGUAUCUGGGUCUCCUUCGCACUAAACUGAAGGAGUUACCACCUGGGAUAUUACCUAAGCUUUCUAGUCUGCAAGUCCUACUACUUGACCCAUCAUUAAUAGUUAAAGGAGAGGAAGUAGCAUCAUUGAGGAAGUUGGAAACUUUAAACUGCCGUUUUUAUGAUGUUGCUGCUGAGUUGAAACCCAUAUGUUCAAUAUUUGAAAGAUCAUCUUCGGCUUUCAUUGAUGAACCAGGUCAGAGUUACAGCUGCAGAGGAGAAGAUGCUCGACUUGAAGAAAUUCUUAUCUUCUUCAGAAGAUAUGGUGCUAUUUUUAUUUUAGGCAUGGAGAAUCUGGGAAAAGCCAUAGAAGUAGCUGCUUCAGUGGUGGAUUAUACUCUAAAUUUCAAGGAAAAGAAGGAGGUUCUUGAAAGAAAGUGGAAACAACUGGAAAGCAUUGAAGCUGACAUAAUUAUAGAACUAGAAAGUGCAGAAAAUAGGUCUGGUAAGAAACGAAAGAAUGAAGUUACAAAUUGGCUGAGUAAUGUAGCAUUGAUGAAAAAAGAAGUUCAGGACAUAGAAGAGAUAGCAGUGCAAGGCGGAUGGAGCAUACUGUUAGGAAGGCGUGUAGAGAAAAAGACUGAAGAAGUGAAAGAGCUUAUUGAUCAGAGGAAUAGAUUUCAAGGAGCACUUGUAUUUGAUGUGCAAGAGGAUUGUGGAGAUCGAUUGCUAGCCCCAAAAUUAGCGGGGCAAGCAUUUCAAAAGAAUCUUAGUGAGAUUCAGGAAUGUUUAAUGAUAGACGAGGUCUCCAUCCUUGGCAUUUAUGGGAUGGGAGGCGUUGGUAAAACAGCACUGGUAAUGAAUAUUCAUAACCAUCUUCUACUAAGAAGGGGAAAUGCAAAUGUUUAUUGGGUUUCUGUAUCACAAGACUUGAACAUUUAUAAAUUGCAGAGCCGUAUUGCCAAAACUAUUGGUUUUGAUCUUUCCAAUGAAGACGAUGAAAAGAAAAGAGCUGCAAAACUGUCGAAAGCUUUGAGUAAGAGAGCAGAAUUUGUUCUUAUUCUUGAUGAUUUGUGGAUCCAUUUUCCUCUGGAGAAAGUAGGGAUACCUGUCGGUGUGAAUAGAUGCAAGUUGAUUCUUACAACUCGUUCAUUAGAUGUUUGUUGGAGGAUGGGUUGCCAAAAAAAUUUCAAAGUGGAGCCUCUUUCCGAAAAAGAAUCCUGGGACUUGCUCAAGGAGAAAAUAGGUGAAGCAGUUUCAGUAGAAGUUAAACCAAUUGCAAAAUCUAUUGUGAGGGAAUGUGCUGGUUUGCCACUCGGAAUUAUAACAGUAGCAGGAAGCAUGAAGGGAGUGAAUGAUGUUUAUGAAUGGCGAAAUGCAUUGAGGGAACUGGAAGAAUCAAUAGUUUGGCAAGUUGACAUGGAAUCUGAGGUGUUCAGAAUAUUGAAAUUUAGUUACAAUCGGUUGAUUGAUUCAGCUUUGCAACAGGGUUUCUUGUACUGUGCAUUAUAUCCGGAAGAUCAUAAGGUCAGAAGAGCUGAGUUGAUAGAGUAUUUGAUUGUCGAGGGAGUAAUAGGAGGAGGAAGCAGGGAAGCAGAAUUUGAUAUGGGUCAUACCAUAUUAAAUAGACUUGAAAAGGUAUGCUUGUUGGAGGGUGUUGUGGAACGGGGAGACAGAUGUGUGAAGAUGCAUGACUUGGUUAGAGAUAUGGCCAUCCAUAUAAUGAAAGUGGAUCCACGAGUAAUGGUUAAAGCAGGUAAACAGCUUUUUGAAGUGCCAGAUUGGAGGAAUUGGGCAGAGGAUCUUGUGAGAAUUUCAUUAAUGUAUAACCACAUAAGGGAAAUUCCUUCUGGCUAUUCACCAAGGUGUCCCCAGCUUUCAACCUUAUUAUUGCGUGGCAAUAAUUUGAGAUCAAUUGCAGAUUCUUUUUUCAAUCAAUUGCAUGGGCUCAAGGUUCUGGAUCUUUCUUAUACCCACAUUGAACAAUUGCCAGUUUCCAUCUCUCUUUUGAUGAAUCUAAGUGCCUUGUUGCUCAGAGGGUGCAACAGGCUAAGGCACAUGCCAUCAUUGGCACAACUUACAGCGGAUAUGCAUUAUACAAAAGUUAAACAUGUGCCUCAAGGCAUGGAAUUGCUUUUGAAUCUCGAGUAUCUGGAUCUCAGUGACACAGAAAUAGAGGAGUUACCAACUGGAAUAUUACUGAAUCUUUCCUCUCUGCAAGUCCUCAUACUUGACCAAGUUAAAGCAGAGGAAAUAGCAUCCUUGAGGAAGUUGGAAAGAUUGCAAUGUCGUGUCUAUAACGUUGGUGAGCUGAAUGCAUACACAACUUCAACACGUACGCCCAAUCUAAUCCAAUACUAUCUGCUAGUAGCUCAACAUAAGCCCCCAGACAACUUGUUAUCACGAGGUUCGAAAGUUGUAUAUUUUGAUAAUUGCAGUAUCAGUGAAGGUGAAGAUGCUGUACUUCUCCCAAAAGAUGUCCAGUGUCUGGAUUUUUAUCGUUGCAACAUCAAAAGAAGCAGCUUAUGCUUGAAAAAUGCAACUGAACUAAGAUCUUUCACAAUAGCGUCUUGUCAUGGGAUAGAAUGUUUGUUCUCGUCAGCCUCCUCUUCAUCUAUAUUUCAAAGCCUUGAGGAUUUGUAUGUUAGCGAUUUAAAGGACUUGCAUUUCCUCUUUGGUAGAGAAGCAGAUAUGGCAUCGCCACCAGCAAAAUUUAUACCACUGUCACCACCACUAGGUAGCUUUUCCCUUCUGAAGAAAUUUGUAGUGUGGGGAUGUCCAAGUAUAAAGAAGCUGUUCCCUCCUGGCUUGUCUUCAAACCUUCAAAACCUGGAAGACAUCUCUGUUCAUUAUUGUAAAAAUAUGGGGGAGCUGAUAGCAAUGGAAGAGCAACUAGGAAGCCAUAAAAGAAAGGGCAUUCUUCAAUGCCCUUUCCCAAAAUUGCAGUCUUUUAGUUUGAGUAAUUUACCAGAGCUAAAGAGCAUUUAUAGUGGAAAAAUGAUUUGCAAUUCUCUGCGUACAAUUUAUGUAAACAGUUGCCUGAAGUUAAAGAGGAUGCCGUUCUCUCUUAUGGCGCUGGACAAUGACCAACCGUCUCCUCUUCCUUCUCUCCAGAACAUCAAAAUAUUUCCCCAAGAAUGGUGGGAUUGUGUUGAAUUGGACCAUCAUGAUGCCAAGAGUGUCCUCUUGCCCCUUUGUCAGUUCAAGCAAUUCUGAAGAACAACUGGUGAUGGAAUGUGCAGCAAGUAGAGGGAAGCCACUUCAUCUUCACUGAUCGAUGUUCUAUUCACUCAACAACCAUUCCACCACUUCACGUUGUCUGGGCUUCAUUUCUUCAAUGCAGGAAGUAUUCCCACUUUGAACCAAAGUGAAUUUUCUUGCCGUGUACUUCCACUAUUACUGUAUAUGAAUUUCUACUUUUAAUAUACUUUAUAUAACCCAUGCUUUGUUAUGAAAUAAUCUUCUUUAUAGGA